UUCUGUCCCAUUCUAUUUCUCUGCUAUGUUCUAUUUCACCCCAUAAUGACACGCUGUCUGAUAUACAGUAUUAUUUCCUCUAGUUCUAGAUCCUACUCCAGGACCUUGGACAGUUCUGCCAACCAGAGACCCAAGUCACCAGACACCGAGUCCAAGAAGUGUUUUGUGUAUCUGAAGGAGUACGUGGACGUUACAGAUCUAACCAAGCACAACACUAGAGACAAUGAUCCUGACUAUGUAACGUCUAGUUCUACCAGCCAUUCCUACAGUAGUCCCUCCUCUUACACCAGGUCUACCAUGACGUCUGCCUGUACAUACUGUGGAGAGCAGGUGGGCAACGAUGCCAAGAUCACCAUCGAGCACCUCAACAUCUCCUGCCACCCGGCAUGCUUCAAGUGUGGUGUUUGCAGUAAGCCAAUGGGAGACUUUCUGUCCAACAUGUUCCUGCACAAAGGGAAAGUCCACUGUGAGAGCUGCUAUGCCAAAGUCUUGUAGGAUGCUUCCUUUCCUUGUUUCCUCGUCUCUUUUCCUUCAUGGCCACUGAGAGGUGACAAGACUGGAUGGCUGAUAUAACUGCUCUUUCCCAUCAAGACCUGUCGUCUGCUAACAGACAGGGGACACUGCACCUUGAGUUUGACAUGAAUUUCCAUGUGUGAGAUUUUGUUUUCAUACCUUUGUAUGGAUCCUACUGAAUUGCAUGAGGUUAACACUGGAACUCUAUGGCAGUUAUUUUAUGGUUUAAAGAGAAUAAUAUGAUAAAAUUACUGAUAUUGUCUUCCGUCCAUUUGAAUGACCACUUUUUUUGUCUUUUUUUCUCCUUAAAGGCCCAGUGCAGUCAAAAACCGUGAUUUCCUAUGUUUUACAUAUACUGUAUUUCCAUGCUAUGAGGUCSGGAAUAAUACUGCGAAAUUGGGAAAAUUAUGAUAAUUCUCUUUAAGUGUGUAAGCUCUGUUUGAAAAACAACGCCAGAAAUGUCUGCUUGUUUUAGUGGGAGGAGUUUUGGCCAGCCUGGCGUCAUCACCAGGUGGUAUACGAAUAACAACUAGUUUUCAUCUUACAUAUCCUUCCCAUUAGGCUCGUCCAGUUAGGACUCUCACUCAGGCCUACAAAAAUAGUUUUUCGAGAAAUUGCGCUUUGCUUAGAAGCUAUUUUUGUUUCUUUUUGACAAUUUUAGCGAGGUAAUUAAUUACCCAGAAAUGGUUUGAUAUUGAGAUAAAAACGGCUGCAUUGGACCUUUAAUGUCGUAACUUUGUGAAUUUAUUGUGAAAUAUGAAGGAACUGUAUGUAAAAGUCUCUAAAUAUUAUUAUGUAAUGACACGAUUUAACUGGGAACUGGCUAUGUAGAUUAGCAGUUGGGUACAAUUUCCUAAUUUCAGGCUUGACUGUGCAAAGUAAAUAACUCUAUAUAUUUUUUUCAAAUUUUCAUUUUUAAUUGUCUGAUGCCUUUUCCUCACAAUAAACAAUAAUAACAGAUUCACAUAAACAUUAAAUAAAUAUAGAGUAUA